CGUCCCUGUUCUCCCUCUCCUCCCUCCCGUCCCUCUCCUCCCUCUCCUGCUACACCCCGUCCGUCGUGGCCCGUGUGGUUGCCGCGCCUUUUUUUCGGCAGUGGAACCGGGGAUGAAAACCGCGCUCCCGGUUGGGCUGCCGCGCUAGGUAGGCUUUGGUAAGGCAUGUGAUGUGAGAGACGGGGUGUUAGCUGUCAAUCAAUCAACCAAUCUAUCUAUCAAUCAAGCGAAGCAAUCGAUCAAAGUAACCACGAUUGCUGGACCAGACCACGGGCAUCGAGGAUCUGCCGCUCGGCUGGAGCGCCAUUACACUAUUCGAGAGCAUUUUGAGGGCCUGCGCGCGUAGGUGAGGGGCGCGCGCGCGCAGGCGCGCGACUGGCAGAAGCCAUGGCGACCAUGGAGCUCUUCCGGUCGGAGGCGAUGCAGCUUGUCCAGCUCAUCGUGCCCGCCGAAUCGGCUCAUGAUACAAUCUCCUACUUGGGCGAGAUCGGCCUUCUGCAAUUCAGAGAUUUGAACAAAGACCAAAGUCUCUUUCAACGAACAUAUGCCAAUCAGGUUAAACGAUGUGGUGAGAUGUCAAGAAAACUUCGGUUCUUCAAGGAUCAGAUCAACAAAGCGGGCCUGAUUGCGAGCUCUCGACCUGUGCUGGACAAGGAGUUGGAUCUUGAUGAAUUGGAGACUAAACUUGAUGACAUGGAGAAGGAGCUGCUGGAAAUGAAUCAAAACAACGAAAAGUUGAUGCGCACGCGUAAUGAGCUUGUGGAGCUGCAGCUGGUGCUGAGGAUGGCAGGAGACUUCUUCACAGAUGCUCAGAGCAGUGCUGCAUAUUACCAGAGAGGUUUGGAGGAGUCUCCAUCAAUAGGGGAGUCUAUGGACAGUCCUCUUCUCUUGGAACAGGAAAUGCAAACCGAUCCAUCGAAGGUUGUCCGGUUGGGGUUUGUGACUGGACUUGUUGCUAAGGCAAAAGCAAUGACCUUUGAGCGGAUCUUGUUCCGAGCGACACGUGGCAACAUGUUUCUGAAGCAAGCUCCGAUUGAUGCACCGGUUGUGGACCCUGCCACUGGAGAAAAGGUGGAGAAGGUGGUUUUCGUCGUAUUCUUUGCUGGUGAGCGCGCACGGAUGAAGAUUAUGAAGAUAUGUGAGGCCUUCGGUGCGAACAGAUACCCUUUCCCGGAGGAUGUCGGGAAACAACGCCAGAUGAUGGCUGAGGUUUCUCAGCGACUGAGUGAGCUUCAGUUGACUAUUGAUAUGGGUGAGGAGCAUCGCACAAGUGUGCUGAACUCGAUUGGCUAUCAGUUGGAACAAUGGAUUGUGCUGGUGCGAAGAGAAAAGGCCGUCUAUCACACACUGAACAUGCUCAGUGUCGACGUCACAAGAAAGUGUCUUAUAGCGGAGGCGUGGUGCCCAGUGUUUGCGAAGCCCAGGAUCCAAGAUGCACUCCACCGUGCUGCAAUGGACAGUAAUGCCCAAGUAGGGACCAUAUUCCAGCCAAUUCAGACCAAGGAAUCACCGCCAACGUACUUCAAGACAAAUAAGUUCACCGAUGUGUUCCAGGAGAUCGUGGAUGCAUACGGGAUCGCUAACUACCAGGAAGCGAACCCUGCGCCAUUCACCAUUGUUACAUUUCCCUUCUUGUUCGCAAUUAUGUUUGGCGAUUGGGGACAUGGAAUACUCAUGCUGAUCGCCUGUCUGGCGUUGAUUGUGAACGAGAAGAAACUUGGAAGUCAGAAACUUGGCGAUAUCAUGGAGAUGGCGUAUGGUGGUCGAUACUGUAUUUUGUUGAUGGCCAUGUUCUCAAUCUACACUGGUUUGAUAUACAACGAGUUCUUUUCAGUGAAUUUAUCUCUCUUUGGAAAAUCGGCUUUCAAGUGCCGUUCACCCGAUUGCUCGGAUGAUUCUACAGCCGGGCUGAUCCAAGAUGGCCAUCGUGUGUAUCCGUUUGGCGUCGACCCGGCUUGGCAUGGCACACGUACUGAGCUUCCGUUCCUCAAUUCGUUGAAGAUGAAGCUCUCAAUCUUGUUGGGAGUUGUUCAGAUGUUUGUUGGCAUCAUCCUCAGCUACUUCAAUGCGAGAUUUUUCAGCCUUCCGCUCAACGUCUGGUACGAGUUUAUUCCCCAGAUGCUCUUCCUGGGGUCGUUGUUCGGAUAUCUUUCGAUUCUUAUCGUCAUCAAGUGGGUGACCGGAUCACAGGCAGAUCUUUAUCAUGUCAUGAUCUACAUGUUCCUCAGCCCGACAGACGACUUGGCCGAUAACCAGCUGUUCCCUGGCCAGAAUGUGGUUCAGAUUAUAUUGCUGCUGAUUGCAAUGGUUGCGGUGCCAUGGAUGCUUCUGCCUAAGCCUUUGAUUAUUUUGGCCCAUGCCCAACUGUCCGCCGUCUUCUACGAACGUGUAAUGCUGAACGCCGUCGAGACCGGAAACAUCAUUGCGAUCAUCAUCGGCUUCUUCGUCUUUGCCUGCGCCACGGUCGGAGUGCUUAUGAUUAUGGAAACGCUGAGCGCAUUCCUUCAUGCUCUCAGGUUGCAUUGGGUGGAAUUCCAGAACAAGUUCUAUAAGGGAGAGGGUUACAAAUUUGCACCCUUCUCCUUCUAUAGGCUUGACGUUGAUGACGAGUAGGGGAACAGAUUGCGGUCUCUUUCGUAGAGGUUAGUUGUGUGUGUGUGUGUGUGUGUGUGUGUGUGUGUGUGUGUGUGUGUGUGUGUGUGUGUGUGUGUGUGUGUGNGAGAGAGAGAGAGAGAGAGAGAGGGAAUUGGUAUGGUUUGGGUUGACAGGGGCAUGAAGCAUGCACUCUAUGCAAAUAAAUAAUAAAAUAUUAUGAAGAAAAAAUUGCAUUUUGAAAAAUUCGGGGUGUGGUUGAUUCGUUCUCGUCUGCUUCUGGGUGAUGGGAAAUUUCGGCGCCGGUUUCUGCGUGUGGUCACUUAUGUUUUGGUUUGAUAAUCUUCUUCUGUGCUGAGGUGAGAAUCUCUUCUUCAGUUCUCGCUCGCACACUCUCCCGCAUGCUUGGCUAUGGCUAACGCCACUGCGGAUGGAGUAUUGCUUGCCUUGUUGGUCUUUACACAACAUUUUCCUCCUUGGAAAUAAUCUCCGUGUUUGGUGAAGAUGUCCCGGAGUGAGCAGAAGUAACCUCAGGUUCUUUCUGUUCCAAAAUUCCAAUGAAACAUGGGAUUGAUACGGUGGACGCGAUCGGCUGUUUUUUUUUCAGUCCAGUGCCUUCACCCAUCCCAUUGGUUGGAUCUAGUGCAGGUCGUCGCUGAGCCGGAAAGAAAGCGUGGCAAAUGCUGAUACGGUGGACGCGACCGGCUGCGUUUUUUUUAGUCCAGUGCCUUCACCCAUCCCAUUGGUUGGAUCUAAUGCAGGUCGUCGUAGAGCCGGAAAGAAAGUGUGGCAAACGGGACUUGAACUCGGGAUGUCUGGCGUGACAGACGAGCUGUAGAGCGCUCAGUUAGGUGAUGCAUGCUCAAUAAAUUGUUACGGAAGUCGUUCUUAGGUUGGGAAAAGGAUUUGAGAAUACCAUAACUUACGGCUGUGAGGCGGUUAAGAAUAUGUUGAAGUCCCAAGACUCCUAGCUCUCUAUUAGUUUAUUGCCCCAUGGCGGAUUGUUAUUGGCUGUGUCCUUCCCCUCUUUUUUCCUUCUUUUUUUCCCCCCCCUUGUUUUGAAGGAGCAUGUAAAAUAGUGUGCCAUCCUAGGAUACCAGAGUGGCCCGGGACCACUUGCCCGGCCGGGCCACCUCCUGAUGAGUCGGUGAAACUCCGACGAAACAGUUUGUCACAGCCCCUCGUUUGUUGUCUUCUUCUCUCUCUCUCUGCCUACGGUUUACCGGGCAGUUCUGUUUGUGAUGAUAUAUAUACAUAUAUAUAACAGUUUGUCGCAGCCCCUCGUUUGUUGUCCUCUCCUCCCUCUCUAUUUGACGGUAUAUUAUUUCAAAUUUGGUCAAGAUUCUCGAUGUGAUCCUGAGGCAAGAGUUGUUCAGUUCAGUUUUUUGCAUAUCAAUUUUUUUUUCUUCAGAUUUUCAGAUUCUGAUCAUUCUGUAUAUUUUUGUACCUUUUUUUUGCUGGGACCUUCCUUUUGGUCCUUGCAUGGCCGGCCCGCUCGGGUAUUCCUAACUUCAUUCUCGACUUCAUUACUCUUUUGGCGUUUUGCCUCUGCUUGGCUUGCUUGCGAUCUGUGACUGAAUUCAGAUUGAUAUUCAUGCUACAAAAAUCUUCUCUGGACUCGAUUGUGCGUAAUGAAUUUCCUUUCUCAAG